AACCCAAACUCGACCAGAAGCCACGGAUUGCGUAACAGCUUUUCGCCCGUGUCGUCUUCUUCUUCUUCUCCUCUGCCACACCACCCGCCCGAAAAGAUUGGGCAGGCAGGAAGGAAGGCAUGGAUGGAUGAAAGUGAGUUUUUUGUGCAAUUUCUCCAUCCUUCGUCAUUCCUGGACUGUUGGCUGCUUGGUUGGUUGACUGACCGUUGUCUGGCUGGAUUCGAGAGAGUUACAUUACAUUACGGCCGAAAUAACUUUGAUGCAGCUAGUCAGCUAGAACGCGAGUCAAGGGUGCCCACCUCGCUGAGCACGGUGAUGGCAUUAUAGAUUUCGGCCUUCCUUCUCCUCCUCCUCACUACUUAAUUAAUUCGGGAACAAGGAUUGCACGACAUAAAAAUCCAGACUCAAUGUUAUCCCGUUAUUUGGCCGGAUCAAGUUUACGACUUCCGGGAAUUUAUUGUCGUAAAAUAUCUGAAAAAUGUGUGGUGCGAAUUUCAAUCGGUGGCAUUACUGGAGAUACGAUUUACUGCUGGGGUGACAUUAGUUUUCACGCAUUUUUUUGUACUAUGUAUCUACAUAAUAAAUAUGUGAGUCCUCGUUUUUCAAGCUUCAGGCAGAUCUCAUUUUAUCCGUGGAAGUAGAAACAGUUGGGAAACAAGCCUUGAAAAACAAAGUUACGCCAAUCAUGAAAACAACCCGAUUAUGAAUAACAUAUCCCCCGAGAAAGAGGAGUAGUGGGCUCUCUUUGUCAUAUUUCUCAGGCUUACUCCAGAUUAUAAUCACUUUUCAAGCAACAUUUGUUUCAUCCAGGGAGUUGUCGAUGGCACGGAGAAAGAGAGAACGAGCCAGUGCCCCUAUUUAUCCCUAAUCCGCAGAGACUAGAUUCCCCGAAAAUCUCGACCCUUAGAUCUGUGCACGUUGAAAGUGGCCCUGUUCGAGACCCGUUGAACAAAUACACGCGAAUUUUCAUUUCCUUUUAUCACACUCUCCUCAUCAAAUAAAGUUUAUGAGGCGGUCGCUCCAAGGAGGGACGUAUAAGUCCGUAUUCGCACAAGUACAAGAUCCACGGCGUGUAGGUUUCGCUAGAUAAAGAGUUGUUGCAGCUGAGCUCCUGCUUGUGGGUGAUCAUGGCCUGCUGGAGAAUUAUCUGCCUCCGCAGCCUCGUGCAGAAAGUAGGGAACCACCACACGACCCGGACGGAUAAGACAACCAACAAGGCGUGGUGGGCAUGUGAUUCAUUCUCGUGCGAAAUAUAUGUUGGUCAGUUUCGUGUUGUGGUUUUAAUGGGACGACACAACCAACCAAACGACUCAUCUUGUACAUGCUUUUUCCUAAUACUUUCACCAAAUGAGAGCCUGGCUGUAAUGUGUGGGUUCCAAGAGCUGGCCAUGGUGUACGAGUAGUACGAGUCGACCUGCUUGUCUGCCUGUGGUUGGUUGGUUUAGUGUUGCCAAAUCGUGUCAUAAAAUAAAAAUAAAAGAGCUCCAGUCUCAUUCUCUCCAAAUCUAAUUACUGCAAAGACCGUCGUGUCCCCUUCCACGGAAGCAGCGCGGCUUUAAAGAGGAGGAGAAGCCCGCACAAAAUGCUUUCACUUUUAUUUAAGUUUUUCACCCUUGUUUCGUCCGUAUCUUGCAGUGGCAGCCAUAAGUAGCGGAUUCAUUGCUGGGUUGGUUAGUUGGCUGGCCGUGGGUAUAGGGAAACAUGUAUAUUGCCGAGUGUGAGUGAGUCAGGGCAUGGUGAACUGUCAACUCGUAAACACUUAAGUUGUAACAUUUGGCACUUGUUUCGCCCUUUGAUCUCCAAACCACAUCACUCUCCAUGCUCAUUUGCUCACGUUCAUCAUCUCUCCGUCGUCGAGGAUGCUUGCUCAACCAGCUCAACUCUUCCUUCAUCUUCACUUCAUUUAACGCUCGUGUUUGCUCCGUGUGUGGGAAUGUUUGCGAAUUGUGUCCUCUCAUUCUCUCACUUUAUUGUGUGAGCAAAUCCAAAAAGUGAGUUAAUCAUUUCGUCCUCCAAGGACACACACAUUCCUUGCCGCCAACACUUUCUCUUCAAAGCAGGAGUUUAAACUAAAAGGAAAAAGGACUCAAGCAUGAGAAGCGAGUCAAAGAUUGCCAAAGGAGAGCGUUGCAUAAGACUGCGUGGGUUGAAUUUUGACAAUAUGGCCCAAUUUCCCCAAGGGGAGUGAGCCCUGAGUAAAUAAAUUGGAAUACAAUUUCGAUAAUGAGUUUGCCCCGUUUCUAAUAUCUCGCCAGAAAUAAGUUUCUCAGAAAUUUUGACCCAUUUCUAAAGCAGCUUUAUGUAUGUAGAACGGGAUUUUUGCACUGAUCUCGAGAACCCUUGAAGGAGUUGCAAAGCUAUUAAAUCGACUCUAUGCUGUUAGCAAUUCGUAUUCAUGCUCUACUCCACUGUCAUCAAAUACUCAUUAGCUCGUUCAAAAUUAGCAGCCAACAAGCCCGUAUUUAUUUUAAGUUUUUCUUAUCUCCGCUCCAGGCAAAUUAGGCGGUUUGGUUUUUAGGAUUUGUGAAAGUUAAUUUGCAAUUCUACGGGGAUCUCUAUGAUUAGAGAGAGAGAGAGAGAGAGGAAAAAAUCUUGGGAAGGAUCACGACUUGGAAGAUAAUAUCUCAUCAUUACCAUACCAGAAGCUCGUCGAGACGAAUUCCAGCUAAAGGUCGUCGCUAUGUGCCUUCAGCGCCACCCUCUCGGCGCGUCCAUGUCUGUGUUAAACUCAUUAAAAUAAAUGAGAUUGGCUCGACGAGCGAAGGAGCAGCAUGGCGAUGGUGUUUAAUUUGCUGCUUCUUCUAUUAAUUACUUUUUCAUCCCAUUGUAUGCAUCAAUACCCGUUCAUCAGACCAAGCGGGCUUCCCAUACACCACGGGGCUCAACCCAUGACCUCCUCCUCCUCGUCCCAUCCCUAAUCUUUCCUAAAUCUGUCGCAAUUUCGCCCUGAAAGGAAAAAAACAGGAGGGUUGUAUUGGUUGUGAAGAAUACAAAACUAAACGUCCCUGGAAUUUUUGCCGCUGGUUUGUUUGCCAAAAUGAGGAUAAGAAUUGGGAAGGAGAAAAAAUCUUUCGUGGACUCCACGAAAUAUGUGGAACUCUGUGCCAAGACCAAUCUUUCUUCACAUCAGAUUUUGCAUAGCUCUUUAGGCUUUGGGUGGUGGGAAAGUGCUCACGAAGGAGUCCGGGAGCCUACUUUCUCUUCUCUGGAAGGUUUUGCAAGAUUGGAGGAGAGUGAUAUUUGUGGCAACUGGAGUGGAAAACAGCACCACUGCCACCACUUAUUCCCCUUAAAAGAUGAUGAUGCGAUGGUAAGGAUUCUGGUUCUCUGGAAGAGAGAGAGAGGAGUAGGAAACAUGAAGAAAUAACAUUUCAACAAGCCACAGCCACACUGGCAAAUGUUUUGUCUUUUCCUCCACUAUUGCCAACAACACAAAACAAUUUUACGUGUAUGCAUUGUGUCGGGGAAGGCAGAUCUUUUUGCAAACUCACCCACCAGCUACAUUUCCUCUCGCGAAUUUACUCACUUUAAGUAAUGCCACAUAGUUGGACGAGAUAAAAGCUUCUCUACGUUAGCGAAUAAUAAUAACUUGCACCACCACCAGAACAACAACAUCAAUAGGAAUUCAUUACAUGUGCAGUCAUUACACGCACACAAGAGGAAUGCACACUCACACUCGGUAGGGCAGAAGAUGAACAAGGAAAAUAAGACCAUUUUCUCAAAACCAUUUGUCAGCCCUACCACUAUUUAAGCAAUCGUGUAGCGAAAUGGGACCUGGACGUGAUCAAGUGGAGGAUUAAUUGCGAUGCUCAUCAAACUGUCAAAAUUCAUUGUGCAUCGUCAGCCCGUGUUUCAGGGAGGAGGAGGAGCAGAAACCAGCGUCGCGUUGUCGUCAAGUACCUAUUUACAAUGUCCGUAUAUAUAUUGUUGUGUGUAUAUUUACCGUUAUUUAUUUACCAUUGAGUAUAUCCAGCGUAGAGUAAGUUAUUAGCUUUCACUUCUAGGAGACCAACAGUAGUUUAGUGACAGCCGAUAUUUUUUACGUUAAAUUGUACAGUAAAAGCUCGUCGUCGCUGUUGGACUGACUGCGAAUAACUGAUUGAUGAAGUUGAGUUGAUUGGUUUUUUGGAUGGUCGUGUAGCCAUGCACUACAUGAAAUGAAGGAGGAUGAUGAAGCGUGUGAGUAUGUGUUUGAGUGUGAGUUCUUAUGUGUGUAUAUAAAAAGCCAUAUGGAAGUCUGAAAUUUUUUAACGACGGAUUUUCUGUUUUUUGUCAUUUUGUGAUUGAAACACAAAAGCUUUUGUAAGGUUUUUGUUGGUGGAAGAAGGUUUUUUGGAUUUCAGACUGUCAGAGCAUAGCAGAUCUAGAUCGAAAAGUGUGGGUGAACAACAAUGGACGAAUCUGAGAGCAGUCUUAGCUUGGUACGGUCGACUUAGACGGAUCAAGAGGUCAAAGAGCAAUCAGCGCUGGAUGAAACUGCGCACAACUGUCCAACUAUCCGGCGCCAUUCAGACGAUCCAGCAGAAGAAAGCGCCUCUGAAGAGAGAGGACAGCUUCCUCAAGCGAUUCUCCACCCGACAAAUCCCCGAAGCGCAGGAAACUUUUGAGAUUGGAGAUGACGACGGAUCCGGUGGAGGUGGUGGGGAAUGGUCGAAACAGGGGAGGAAGAAGCGACGCAGUCUUCCACGGUCCGUCGUCAAUCCGGACAGCAACUUCUUUUUCUAUUGGCUGAUGCUCCUGACGACAUGUGUCCUUUACAAUCUCUGGACACUUAUCGUGCGGCAGAGCUUUCCAGAGCUUCAGGCGAAUGCCAGACUCUUCUGGAUCCUGUCGGAUGCAUUUAGUGAUAUCAUAUUCCUACUGGAUGUCGCCGUCCAAUUUCGUACCGGCUACUUGGAGCAAGGACUCAUGGUUUAUCAGACAAAGAAGCUCGCCAAGCACUAUGUCGGAUCUAAGCCAUUUUACCUCGACCUCUUUUCCCUCCUCCCCACUGACCUCUUUCAACUCUACUUUGGGGUCAACCCCAUGUUCAGAUUUCCUCGCUUCCUGAAAGUAUAUCGAAUCUAUAACUACUACUACAUGGUGGAAUCGAGAACCGUGUACCCUAACGUUUGGAGAGUAGUAAAUCUUAUCCACAUUUUACUACUACUUGCUCAUUGGUUUGGCUGUUUCUAUUACCUCAUCUCUGAAGCGGAAGGAUUCGAAGGUCAUUGGGGGUAUCCCAAUCCCAACAACUUUUCAGAGUUUGCCCCCCUCACGAGAAAGUACCUGGGCUCCCUGUACUGGUCAACGCUCACACUCACGACGAUUGGUGACCUUCCUCCUCCACACUCCAAUUGGCAAAAUAUGACGACGAAUAACAUAACGGGGCGACAACGAGCACAAAGUUAUAAGUCGAGACUUCGCUACAUGAGCAGUAACAGUGGGUACCUUUUCACCAUUGUGAGCUACCUUAUUGGAGUCUUCAUCUUUGCCACAAUAGUUGGACAAGUCGGAAAUGUGAUUACAAAUAGAAAUGCAAAUAGACUCGAGUUCGAAAGGCUACUGGAUGGGGCCAAGACAUACAUGCGUCAUCACAAAGUUCCACGCAACAUGCAGCGCAGAGUGCUUCGGUGGUACGAUUAUUCCUGGUCCAGAGGAAGGAUUCAAGGUGGAGGAGAUAUCAAUACAGCCCUGGGACUCCUCCCCGAUAAGCUAAAGACUGAGUUAGCCCUCCAUGUUAAUUUGAGUGUUUUAAAGAAAGUCACCAUCUUCCAAGAGUGUCAACCAGAAUUCCUUCACGACCUUGUGCUCAAGAUGAAAGCCUAUAUAUUUACUCCGGGAGAUCUUAUCUGCCGGAAGGGAGAAGUAGCUCGGGAAAUGUUUAUUAUUGCUGAUGGGAUACUAGAAGUGAUAAGUGAAACUGGAAAAGUUUUAACCACGAUGGAAGCCGGAAAUUUUUUUGGGGAGAUUGGUAUUCUAAAUCUGGACGGAUUGAAUAAACGCACAGCCGACGUCCGAUCAGUCGGAUACUCUGAACUAUUUAGCUUAUCACGAGAAGACGUCCUCGCCGCAAUGAAAGAUUAUCCAGAAGCUCAAGAAAUACUUCAAACCCUGGGUCGCAAGAGGCUCAUGGAGGCGAGAAAGUCAUCCGGACCGGCAGUACCCAAGAAGGUGAUCGAGCCUAAGAAAGGAUCUCCCGUCCCAGGCGUCGUAACGUCAGGCCUUAUUCAGAGUUCAAGUACCUACUCCAACAAGGACGUUGUCGCCGUGGAGGUAGACACCACCACGAGGAAGAGGAUCGUGGAAAAGUUGCGCAGUGAUGUGAAAGGGCUGAGAAAUGCGAUAAGGAGAAGUAGAAGGAGCAAUUCUAGCAAAGAGGAAUCCAGUGACCCCGAAUCUUGCACGGUUGACGGAGAACAACCCUCGUCAUCUGGCCGCAGCCGUAAGGAGAGUUCUGCCAGUGUGCGUGGCGACGGCACAAAAUCCUUCCCUCCACCUCGUGGCGUCCUGAAACGAAUGCACAACGUGGUCCUUAGCGACGAAAAGGAACCGUCCUCCCCCUCCACCCCCACCACAAGUAUACCCCUCAGUCUCAAAUCCGUUCUCAGCGCAGCCACAAAACGAGUCCAACUUCCUCGUGCCCCCUCAAUAUCUCACCCCCCACCAGCCCCAGCAGCAGUCGAAACGCAAGAACUGAUUGGUGCCGGCCUCCCCCUCAUACAACGACUACGCCUUCUCCGACAAAAGGAAGAACGGGAAAAGAAGCAGGCAGAAGAACGUGACGCCCUACUCAAAAUGCUCAUCCCUUCGAAUCUCUCCAUCUCAUCCCCAACCUCGUCACCCCCCAACCUACAAACCACGAGGGCUGCGGUGGAAACUUAUCAAAAAGCCUCCUCCGCCAUCCCACUCGAAUCUCACCAACAUCCAUUGCCUUUCUCUGCCCAGCUCAGACAAGGCGACCACCAACAACGUGGCAGCGUGUCCUCUGCGGAAGGGCCGGGUUCUGGCUACUCGUCCCCUGCUUCUUCCUCUCUUCCCCUCUUGGGAACCUUCAGUCCCAAGUCUGCCUCCCUCCUCAUAGGUGAAGCUGCAGCAGCAGCAGUGCUCAAAGUCACGACAGCUGAGUCUUCCAAAUCUACAAUAUCCACAAAUCCAUCCUCCUUUCCUCCAGUGUGGACGGCAUCCCCUCCACGAGGUCCGUUAGCAAAUAUGCCCUCCUCCUCCUCUUCCUCCUCACAGCGACGUCAGGAAGAUAAUGAAGAAGACCUCACCGAGGACAGUUCUUUAGUUUCACACUAUGUCGCAGCAGGGACGGAUGGUGAAAGACCCUCUGGCUUGCGUUUAAGACAGCAACUCAGCGCGAGUAAAAACUACGGGUCAGUGGAUGAUCUAUCUCCAGAAUUUUCAAGACUUCCAUUCAUCAAAAAACUAAAAAUUUUAAAUGAGCGACAAAAAAUUGCAGAACUGUUGAUGACCAAGUCAGCCAACAGCGUCCUGACUCGGAGCACGAGUGAAGGGUCGAAUGAAAAUCCGUCCGUCCCUGGAGAACUGCUCGUCGGCCCAGAUGCAGAACUCCUCCUCCACUCGGUUCACCUUGGGAGGAGGACGCAAUCACACCGAGAAGGCCAGCAGGUCGGAGAUAAUGAAGACGUAUCAGUUCAACAGUCCCCCUUGAUCUCACCACCACUCACCAGCCCCCACUCGAAGGAUGAGUACGCAACACAACCACCACGCCCAAGCACUAGCGAUACUACUUCCACUCACUCUGCAAAACGAAAGCGACGCAAGAAACCCGGCAGUCGGAAUAACAACAAAGGAGGCAAGAAACCGGAUGGGAACGAGGGCUCUACGGAAGAUUCGUCCUCCUCCCCACCAGCCGAGGAGGACAAUGAAACCCCCGAACGACGCAAUUUGAAAAGUAUACUAAAGAAAUUGGCCCAAUUUGAAGAUCAGGAAGAAGGUGAAGAGCAUGAGAAGGAGAAAGAGCUACUCAAGUCUCAAACCAUCCUUGGCUACGCAGCCAGACAUCGUAAGUACACAAAAAACGUAACAUUUCACCGUCAAGGAGUUACUCUACGUUCUCCUGAUGAACUGCCCACUUCAUCUUCUUCGCCCCCCGCGCCUACUCCCCCUCUACAUCUUCCCUCAAUUUCAGCUCUCGAGACUCAGCAGCCGGAAACUUCUCUGCCUCCUCCCGUGACGGCCAGUGUCGUCCUUCACUCUGUGACCCAAACCACCACCACCACCGCCACGGCCAGGGUUGACCCCAACUCUCCAUUUACCCAAGAGAACAUCAAGACGCUUAGCAGCCUUUUGGUCCAAACCACUCAUCCAGUCAAGACCACAGAGUUGGAGAAAACGACGACAACUUCACCCCCGGUCCACUACCAUGGACUAAACUUUGCUCAAGAGGAAUGCAUCGGGAGUGUAGUGAUAGGACUCAGAACUAUUAUCGAGACCAAGCUCGACGAGAUUCGUGCCCAUUUCCAAAGCCGCUUCGACACUUUGGAACAAGAGGUGAAACGACGGGAUCAACUCAUCACUCUGCUCCACGAGAGGAUACAAGAGCUCGAGUGCUACGGCGACCAUGGUCACUCGAGCACGAGCGUGGCAGCCUUGUUACGCCAAUGCCUUCCCCACAAUCACAUUGAUCGAGAGGAAGGGAGCAGUGAUGAUGACGACAUCGAAUAUCAACGUGGCGAUGCGUCCCUCCUAUUCAGCAGGGGAGACUCGAUCGACACAGUGAUCAGUGCUCAAGAGUAUUUCGAUGAUGAUGAUGUUUUUGAAAGAGAGGCCCACACUUCCGCCUCUCAUGGAAAGAAACAACAGCCGAAAGCUCGGAAACAGCAGCAGGAGAAAGGGUUCACCUCCAACUUUGUGGGGGGCAGUUGGGGUCACACUUCGCCACCAUCAGGAGGAGCAGAAAAAGCGAGUUCGCUACGGACAAGUCAAGUCGAACCACCGGCCCCAUGGCAGCUGGAAUUUCAUCGAGAUCGAGACUCCCUCCCACCACCAAAUAGAAAUGGGGGGUCGGGGGCACGAGAGGAUGAUGUCAGGUUGGAUAUGACGGGUCAAGCUUCCACCUCCGAGUACGAGUCCACUUCUGAAGACGAUAACGAAGCCAGCAGUGGAAUUCAACUUACUGAGACCAAGGUUUCAUUGGAUGACGAUGAUGACGAUGAGGAGGAAGAAGUCGAAGAGGACGGAGACGACGACUUUGACAAUAAGGACUGGGAAAUCCAGCUGCUCGCAAAGGAAAUGGAGAAACGGGAGGAACUAAAAAAGACCCAGUUGGCAACUACGGCCGCAUCUUCCGCCGUUGUGGAUGAAAUGAGAGAGCUGGAGAAUGAAAUUGAAGAAAUGACUGCCGCCGUCACCACGGGAUCACUUUCACCCUCAGAACUUGACAUGCUCGAGUCCAUGCUACAAACAAAGACGAAAAGAAUGAAGGCGUUGGUGAAAGCGUUGAGUGUGGAGAGCAGCUCUGUUCAUGCGGAAGUUGGUUCUUCCAAGUCCAAAGUGGGGCGAAGUUAUGAUGACUUUCGUAGAGGUUCUGCCAGUUCGGGGGGUGGACCGUCGGGAUACAAACCACUGGUGAAGGGUCAGACCACUGGGUCUACCGAGAGUCGGUCAGGUGCAGGUUUCUUUUCGCGCAGUGGUGGGACUGGUAAUCUCAAGAGGCAGAGCAGUUUGUACGAGCGCACCUUAAAAGGAAAAUCUGGAGGAGGAAGUGAUUCCGGGAGGAGAGAAAGUGCAGGGGCAAUUAUUACGGGAAGUGUUGGCGGAGCAAAUAAAGGUCAACAACGAAAGCAAUCAUUUCUGUCCAGGUUUAGCAUGGUCCGUCAAUUCAGUUCAAAGUUAGGGUCUGGAUCCCAACAGGAGUCGUUGGAUGAUGAAAAUGCGUCGCAACAGCAUGAAAUACCAACCCUGUCAUCAAAAUCAGGGGACGAGAAGAAGGAAACCUCCACGACCACCACGACCCUGUGCUCUCCAAGGAAGGAUACCAGUGUUGGAUUGGAAGAGAUGAGUGCGAAGGGAGAAAGUGAUCCCUCCUUGUCAAAAGGGGACGGUUGUGAUAUUCGUGCCAUGAGGAAAUCUGGAGAACAGAUUGCAACGAGUAGUGAUCAAAACUACGAGGAGUGUCAACCAUUACUUACUAAAUGAGCCUUACUGAAAUUGUGGUGCGUAAUUGUAAUUAGUUAAUAUGAUUCAUUUGGUAAAUUAAUAAAAUCGCAAAUUAUGAAUUA